GGAUCACGAAUCUCUGAAGUGUACUGUGAUUGUGUUGUAAUGUCUGUAUUGUUUCUUGCGAUAUAAAGGGAAAGGAAGAAAAUAUGCUCUGCCCCGGAGUGCGUGUCAUCCAGUGGGCAAAGAGGAAUGAAAUUCUUACACUUUCCCAAUGAUUCAGCACUGUAUGCCUGUUUCGAUUCAUGAUGGCUGUGGUAUGGGCAGGAGGAGUUGAGAUAUCCUGCACAAUGGAUUUCUGCUAGAAAUCUACACUAUAAGCAUUUUUGCAGCAGACAUUUCUCAGAAAGUGAUUUGACUACAGCACCCCACUGCACAGAGUGCUAUGAAAGUCAACUAGGCUGCACAGGUUAGGAGCCAUACUAUUGCAGCAAGUGUCAGUGCUCUACUGGCUACAGGAGGGUGCUGCAGUGAUUUUGUGGCAACAGCUGUGUUUUUUUGAGGACAACCUCUUUGAUAGUUUAAAUGGCAGAACACAUGUUGAUCCAAGGAAAACACUGCGUUGUCCACUCAGCGAUAUCAGUCCCUGUAUGGAUCACUGGAAAAGGGGCGAAAGCCCUUGAGGAGCUGGAUGCAGAGUUUGGCGUGGGUGACCUGGUGGAGGAUGAGAUGAGGAAUGAAUGCAGACAGGCGUAUUCAUCCCGAAAUCUGAGAGGCCUCAGAGUGGAACACACAGUUUGGUACAAGAGAUACUGUCCAACAUCAAGACUGAGCCCGACGACAGCGAACUGGAACUACAGAUAGCCCUUAAGAAAGCACGGAGACUGAAGCUGCAGGAGGCUGUUGCAGAAUCAAAGAACAGUAUAGAAAAGGUGGCAGAGUCAGUGCUGGAGAGAAACUCAGAAGGAAACGCGGAAGGCGGUUCCAUUGUGCUGAAUGCUACCGCAGAAUUCUGCCGCACACUGGGUGACAUCCCCACUUAUGGUCUGGCUGGCAACAGGGAUGAGGACGCUCAGGAACUUCUUUUGAUGAAACAGAUGAGCUCAACAGACACCCCACUUGGAACGCUUAGCCUCUUGCAGCAGAAGCAGAAAGAAACACAAUCUCCAUUUGUGGUCCUUAGUGGCAGUAAACAAACCUGAGUAUUGUUUUUGUUUCCUAUUCAUUCAAUUAAUUCAAAAGAAGAGCCAGUUUUAAUUAGGAAAAUGCAGUUCUGUUCAUUAACUGACAGACUUAGACACGAGAACACAGAUUACUUGAUGAAACCAGUCAGCUCAAUUCAAAAUUUGUCUAAUCUUGACAUUGCAAAUAACAGUAAUUCAUAGCUUUAACUUAAAGGCUGAGUAGAUGGGAAGCCAUAUAGUAAUGUCGAUAGUGUCAUCUGGUGAUUACGAGUAUACUGCCGCAAAUUAAAUAUUUGUUUUUCUCUGAGCAUAUCACUUGUCUUGUUAUAAUUUGUAGACUGUAGACCAUAAAGUGUCAUUUUAAUGAUGGAUUGACUAAUGAGACUUUCCUCCUUGGUACUGUGAAGCUUUACUAAAAAUUUCUGUUUUUGAUGCAGAAUAUGAAAUUUUAUUUUCAAAAAGAAAACCACCAUGUGAGGUUUUUGUGAGAUCUUCAAGUUUAACAUGAGCAUUAUUGGUAGUGGGGUGGGACUAAGUCCCUUGUACUGU